CUUCGGAAAAGGUUGUCUUAGAGGAAUACAUGCAGGAAGUCUUGCAUUUUCGAAGCUGGUCUAGCUUGAAGUGGUGGGCAGAAGUGUUUACCAAGAUACCCUCCAACGGAGAUGUAACGGUUCAGAUCCAACAGAGCAGCGAGUUCGCCAGGAUAGCUUACAGAGAUAUGAUAGACAUGCCUUGGUUAGAACUCACAAAAUCACAAACAACCUACUCGGGUAGCUUCCAAUGUUCCCUAUCCUCACUGCACUCUGAACUCAUAAUGAGGACCAUGUUGUCAUGGGCCCUGAUGGACAUGAAUACGUUGAUUGCACUGGAACCUGUUUUGAUGCGCAUUGUAUCUUCUGCCUCAAGCGGUGUCAUGGGGUCAUACUAUCGAGACGUCAGAUCCUUGCUUAGCGAGAAGUACGAUGCGAUAUAAGUUACAUGUACUAUGAAGCGCAAUUCAUGAUGGAUAGAUGGAAAUCGUAUUCUGCUUCUGUCGACAAAGAGCAGAAGGAAGCUUGU